UAGUCUCUUUGGGCAUUGAACAAUAACAUCAGGGAGAAACAAACGUGAAACGUUUUGACUUUGUCAAUGGCUAAAAUAUAAAGCUAAGUAUUUGACAAUGCAAAAAUUCUUGUGAAUUCCAACCAAAAAAAUAUAUAAUAAUGUGAGGCUAGCCUGUCUUUUCCGUAGCGCAAUGAAGUGACACCGUUUAACUUCAACGUAAUGAGUGGGAAAAACCAAAAGGAUGAGGUCAAAAGCAAAGAGGAGGAGUGUGGCUGCUACGCGCAGUCACGUACUAUGAAAGCAUGCCCUCCCAUCCGCAACGUGACGCAUCCUCUACGUUACUAUGAGUUUACACAAGAUGAAAUAAAAGCGCUCGAGGAAUGUGACAAGGAGAGUUUCUACCAGAGAUGCCUGCCGUUUAGCACAAUGUUCGCCACUGUCACGUACGCAGCUAUCAGAUAUGGGCACCUGAAGCCGAACCCUCGCUUCGGUGCGUUCCCGAAGGUGUCUUUGGCGGUGGUGGUGGGCUACUUCCUCGGCAAACUGUCGUAUCAGCAGGCGUGCGCCGAGAAGCUGAUGGCGCUGCCCGGCAGCUACAUCGGACAGCUGCUUCGCGAAAGGAGAGACGGCAAGAUCGGCAGCACGUCGCUGCAGCCGCAGGCGCCGUCGAUGUUCGGCGCGAGCCCGAGCGACAUCUACUCGGACGCGGGCCCCGGCAGCUCGCUCGACCUGGACACGGACAGGCCGCUCUUCAGCGACGACACCUACCGGCCAGACUCCGACGGAGGAGGCGGCGCGGCGGCGGGGCUCGGUGAGGCGGCGCCUGCGCAACCCGCGCUUUCCUAUGAGGACCUGCGGCGCAAGAACAGAGGCGCAUACACGGACUCCAAACAGGACCCCUACAGAGUGGAGCCGAGCGGCGCGCCGACGUCGUCCAGUUCGCGCAUGCGCGCGUCGCCGCCCCCGCCUGCGACUGCGCCUGCGCCCGCGCCCGCCACCAACAAGUACGGCGACGCGAUGGAGUAGACCGGCUGGAGAUUAACCGUCUAUUAAAGAUAACUUCAUUACCAGAUCGCCCAAGAGAAUUAAAAUAAAACUUAAACUGUAGAGGAUAUAGAAGGAUUCUAAUAUUUGUACAGGAUCGCUCGGAAUUCCUACUUUCGCAGCUUUAUAGAACAAUAUAAAUUUCACUAUUUGCUUUACAGCUUUAAGUCAAUUUUUGAAUACCCUAGUGUGAUCUGGCAGGUGCGAUGUAAGAACUUGUACGUGUCUUGGCGGGCGCUAGCAUGAAUCCCUGUACAUAUGAACCCCGCAAAGGUUACGCCAGCGCCCUCCACGGCCGCAUCAAGUUGUCGGUCACUGAUGUGUUCAAAUGUAACAAACUAUUGGAAUAAAGUAGAAAACAGAAUCACGCA